GAAAUUACUGCAGUUAAAUUUUGACUGUAACUUUACAAACUUAAAUCCAUAUCUUUUGUAUGUAAUGCCUAAGUUAACGCCUGUUUACCCCCGUUUUUAUGGGCCACACUAAAUGAGGCUUAGAGGGCCUUUUUUCCCUAAAUCUUAUUUGUGCAAUUUUUAAUAUUGGGAAGCCAGACCUCAAUCCAAUAGAAAAUUUGUGGCAGAUCUCGAAAAUAUCCGUUCCCUAUAUGUAAAGAAGAAUGGAGUAAAACUGCAGCAUCCAGAUGAGCAGCUUGAUCUCCAUGUUGCAGUAAAAGAUGCAUCAACUGAAGAGGCAGAGUGCACCUCAGCCCUCUUCUCUUUCUCCUCACCUCACUCCGGAUCGUGGCAGCGCAGUGACAGACGUCGUUAGGUGAUUAAACUCUGCAGCCUUCGCGCAGCUUUUCUUGUCCGGAGAGAAAAGUGGAAGAAGAUGCUGAGGCGAAGGCCAUCGAACGCCUCAGAGAAGGAGCAGACGCAGAAGAAGAAGCUCACCUUGCAGAGGUCCAGCAGCUUCAAGGACUUCAUGAAGCACAAGCCCACCUCCCCCUGCACGCCAGAUAAGGAGUUCACCUUAGACGAGCAUGUGGGAGACAAUGUGACAGAAGAAGAAGCAGUGAAAAGUGGCAGCAAACUUGGGAAAAAAUGGCGCAACGUCAUCUCCCGUACGAUGACCCGGAAGACAUCCAAGAUGGUGCAGAAGGCCCUGGCUGAGGAGGGGGCGGAGAGCGGCGAGGAGCUGUCCCCCGUCUCCUCUGACUUCCUUCCAGACCUGAGUGCGGGACAGAGGACGUCUGUCUGCUCCACGGGUUCAGAGGACACGACUCCCAGCCCAGUCUGCCGCCAGCUCUCUGCCAGCAGCGACAGGCAGAGCCUGGACAGCGGGUACUGCCAGCGGGACAGCAUGAGGCUGGAGGACAGCGCCUACAACGGGCCUUUCUGCGGCCGCGCCGUGGUCCACACCGACUUCACUCCCAGUCCCUACGAUGUGGAGUCGCUGAAACUCCAAAAAGGUGACAUUAUCCACAUCAUCGACAAGCCCCCCGUGGGAACAUGGACAGGAAAGCUCAACAACAAAGUGGGAUCCUUCAAGUUCAUCUAUGUCAACCUUCUGCCUGAUGAGACGCCUCCAACCAGGAGGAAACGCUGCCACAGCAAGGGCAACCGGUCCAAAUCCAAGCCCAAAACCUUGGAGGAAGUCCUGGACCGCAUCGGCCUGACGGAGCUCAGUUCCUUGCUGUCCAUGCAUGGCUUCCAGAGCCUGGAGGACUUCACCGGACUGAAGGAGUCUCACCUGAACGAGCUGAACAUCACAAACCCAGAUCACCGCUCCAAGAUCCUGAACGCAGCUGACCUGCUCAGAGACUCUGAAGACGAGUCUGAACCAGAGGGUGAUGAAGAGGAGGAGAGGCCAGCUGAAAACUUGAAGGAGCCACGGGACUCUGGUUGCUUUGAGAGCUCUGAGAACCUGGAGAACGGCCGCGAGGAGCCGAAAACGGAGGAGGAAGAGUCAAACCAGCAAACAGAGAAAGAAGAGGAGGAGAAGUCGGAGGAGAUGCAGGAGGCCGGGGACCUGGAGGCCGUCCAGGAACAGCUGCAGGAGCUGGCGGUGGACGAAGGACAGUGAUGGAAAACUCAAACAUUCCCCUCUGAUUUCUGAGACUGAACGGCGUUUAACGUCUCUCUUCAUCGAAAGAGAGCAGAUCGAGCCACUUCACUGCUACAACAAGCCGGCCGUCCGUUACUGAAGGCUGAUUUUCCCAUGAUGAUUUCACAGCUCGCUUACAAGCAACACAAACUGUUACCAGCUGCCACAGGUGGCAGCUCUUUUUAACCCACUUGUUGUAAAAUAUGAUGUUAUAACUUUACUUUAGGUAUGUUUUGUUGCAUCACUAUAAUGUUUCCGCUAAAGCAUUUGAGGGUUUCACUCUGGGCUCUACUGUCUUUUAUGUUUGAGUUUUUUCCUCCAUGAAUGUAAACUAUCUUCACAUUUUUCAUGUAUCUAAAAUGUCACUGAUGUUGUU